AUGGCGUCGGAAAGUAGCUCAGCCCCAGUUCUCCAUACACAUACGGCCUUGAAGCAAGGCAACCCUCCAAAGCAAUACACCUACUACCAUGCUGGACCACUUUUCACCGUCGCAGAGUUACAUACCAACGUUCUACUAUCCAAAGCUAUCUCGGAGCUUUCGUCUGGAAAAUUCAUCCCCGUUCUUCCACAAGACUUGGAGCAACGGGAUCUCUCACCACACGCAAUCAGAGAUAAAGAUCUUCGUGCACUUUUAUCCUGCGACUUGGCUCUUUUCACCUACGAUGGCAGUGAAUUGGAUGCCGGCACAGUUGUCGAGUACAUGGUCGCCAAGAUGGCGGAUAUCCCUGCUGUGAUCUUACGAACAGAUUUCCGAGGAUCUGGCGAUCAAGGUGGAAAGGGGGACUCAUGGAACUUGAUGAGUUCGAACUGGCCAAGAACUGUUGGCGUGACAGCCAAUUCGAUGGUGGAAUACAAGGAGAGUCUCGCCAGAUCCUUGAAUGAAGGAAAGGAAACCACUUCUGGGCAGUCCUUGAUAAAUCACAUUGCGCAGAAAGUGGUAGAUGGCUUCACAGAGGUUUUGGGGACUCCAGCUCGGCUCCCCAAAGAGUUGCGGGAGAGUGUCUACCAGUGGCUGGCGCUGAUGCCGGGAUUCAAAGACGGAGAUGAUGCACAGAAUGUAGAUGCUCUUUCCAAACUGUGUAAAGACAAAGUAUCUGGAGGACUGCUCUAG